AUGGGUUACAGAUUCGAUUGAGCCCUACAGCUCCUGUGAAUUCCAUGCGCAGUGCCUCUGGCUCAGUCUCCUUUUCACGUGGCUGGUUGUGUUUGUAUUGGCUGAAAGACAAAGGGGAUGAUGCAACUCAAUGACCCUUGUGAUUGGAAACGAAAUGUGCGUCAUGAGCCCCCUUUAAUGCCCAGUCUUGCAUGCCAUCAGUGAAGGUUUUCAAGUGGUGGCAGCUAUAAAAGCAUGGCUGAGAACAGUGUUGGGCAUGCAGGUCUUGGUCCCUUUGCUGGGGACCAUCUUUCUGCAUCCCAGAAUGGGCCCCUUACUUCUCAACACCUUUCUUUGCUUUAUUAAUAUAGCAUCAGCCAGUAUCUUUGAGUACCAGGCAGAAAGCCAGCCUCUUCGGCCUUGUGAACUUCAGAGGGAGAAGGCCUUUCAGGGAGGUGAAGACUACAUUCCUCAAUGCUCGGAAGAUGGACAGUUCAGGAACAUACAAUGCGAUAAAAACGGUGUUACCUGCUGGUGUGUAGAUGACAAAGGAGCUGAGGUGGUGGGGACCAGGCGGGCUGGAUCCCCCGUAGCCUGUUUAUCCUUUUGCCAGCUCCAAAAGCAGCGGAUCCUGGUCAGCCGCUAUGUCAACAGCAGCACAACGCCGUACGUCCCGGCGUGCCUGGAUUCCGGUGACUUUGACCCCAUGCAGUGUGACCUGGGCCAGGAGCAGUGCUGGUGUGUGGACAGUGAAGGAAUGGAGAUUUAUGGCACAAGGCAGAAGGGGAAGCUGAAGCGAUGCCCUGGGAAAUGUGAGAUCCGAGAUCGCCGUCUUCUCCACGGUGUUGGUGAGAAGAGCCCACCCCAAUGCUCAGCGGAUGGAGAAUUUCUGCCGGUACAGUGCAAGUUUGUCAACCGAACAGAUAGGAUGGUCUUUGAUCUCAUCCGUAAUUUUAACAGGUUCCCAGAAGCAUUCCUAACAUUUAGUACCUUCCGAAGCUUGUUCCCAGAGGUCUCUGGCUACUGUUACUGCGCUGACAGCCUAGGACGGGAACUCGAUGAUACAGGUCUGGAAAUGCUGCUUGAGAACGUGUAUGACACAGUCUUCGCAUCCCUGGAGCCAGUUUCCACAUUUACUGAAACCAGCAUGUACAGGAUCUUGCAGAGACGUUUUCUGGGAGUACAGCUGGCGACGUUUGGCAGAUUCAGAUGUCCCUCCAAAUGCGAGACAGAGAGAUUCACCGCCCUUCAGUUCAAGCACAUCUAUUGGCCAUCGUGUGAUGAGAAUGGAGCCUAUGAGCCGAAGCAAUGUCAGCUGGAUGGGGAGUGUUGGUGUGUGGAUGCCAAGGGGCAGGAGCUCCCUGGAACAAGGAGGAGAGGACAGGCCCCAGCCUGUGGUGAAGAACACACUUGUAUCUCUGUGAGACAAGUGGCCCUGUCCAGGCUUUUUUAUGGCCCCGUUGGACAUUUCAGCCAGCAAAAUUUGUUUUCUGCCACUCAAGAGCCACAGAGAACAGCUGGGUCCUCUUGUCCACCUUGGUUCAAGGAACUGUUUGUGGAUUCUGGCGUGCUGUCUCCCAUCACCAAACGAAUGAGUGUUUCUCAGCUACCUGCACUUGAAUCCAUCCUCAGCGAAGCCAUCAGAGGGAUGUUUCCUUCAAGAGAACUCGCUCGCAUUGCCCUUCAGUUCACCAGCAACCCCAGGCGGUUCCAAGAAAACCUUUUCGGAGGGAAGUUCUUGAAAAAUUUAGUAGAGUUCAACGUCACAGGAGCCCUCGGGCCUAAUGGCAAAUUCAAUUUGGACCGUUUUUUCCAGCAGAGAGGGAUGGCCAUCGGCUUCAGUGAACUAGGCCAACAACUUUCACCAUUGGUGCCGCAGGAGAAGUUCAACCUGAGCCAGGUGGUUGCAGACCGCUUGGGCCGCACCGUCAAUUUGCAGGACAAUCAGAAUGCAGUCCUGUUUCUCACGUCUCUCCUCGAAGCCCCAGAGUUCUUCCCCUUUCUGACACAUGUGAUUUCUGUCCCAGAAACUGUUGCUGAAGAUUUAGGGGAUGUUGCGAGGAUAGUGUUGAAAUCCAAGGACUGUGUGGAGCAGGCGGAAACUCUGUUUGUACCAGCUUGUACAAAAGAGGGAAGGUAUGAGGAAAUACAGUGCUAUGCAGGAGACUGUUGGUGUGUGAACUUGAGUGGCAGGGAAAUCCCAGGGACCAGAGUACGAGGCGUGCGCCCGCGGUGCCCCACGGCAUGUGAAAAGCAAAGGGAAAGCCUGCAACGCUUGCAAAGAAGCCAGCCUGCAGGUUCCGAGCUGUUUGUUCCUUCAUGUACCCAGGAAGGAAAAUUCCUGCCAGUCCAGUGCCAUGGAAGAGAUUGCUUUUGUGUUGAUUCAGAAGGCAGGCGUAUUCCAGGCAUAGAUGCAAAUUCAGGAUGGCCUCUGCAGUGUCCAAGGGACUGCCAGUUAGCAGCUGGUCAGGCUGUCCUAAGAACUGUGCAGCAACUGCUCCUGGAUCCUGCUGCCUUUGCUCAGCUGGCGAAUGUCUACAUCCCACAGUGCAGUCUGGAUGGUCAGUGGAAACAGGUCCAGUGUAAUGGCCCCCCUGAACAAGCCUUUGAAUGGUAUCAAAGGUGGAUCACUCAGAACAAUAAUGGCAGAGAUCUUUCUUUGAUUGACUUGGUGGGAGUGUUGAAUGACUAUGAAAAGAGAUCUCAGCAAAACUUUGAAGACUUUGUCAAAAACCUCUAUGAAACUGGCCAACAGAAUAUCUUUCCAGAGCUCUCCAAAUAUCCUUUCUUUGACAUCGUCCCUCCAGAAGUGCUGGAAGGCAAGACCACGCAAAGGUCACCAGCGAACAUUUUGCUGGAACCAUUCACUUUUUGGCAGCUUCUUCAUGGAAAUCUCAUCCAUUACCCUGGAUCUUACAGUGGUUUUAGUAGCCCUCUAGGCCAUUUUGAUCUUCGCAACUGUUGGUGUGUGGAUGAAAAGGGACAAAUGCAAGGAAGCAAAGCCAACGUGAAUGAAAUUCCAGAUUGUCCUGGAGAGUGUGAAGCUGCCAAGCGUGAGGCCAGGGAGUUUGCCAACCAGGUGGAGCUCCUCAUUCGGGAUUCCAGCACCUCCCACUUUCCUUUCGGAGAGAGCUUUUUGAUGGCCAAAGUGGCCAUGCUUACAGAGGAUGAGCUUCUGAAUAAUUUUUCUCAGCCAGGCAUCUUAUUUUCAGAAAAGUUGCUGACGGGGAAGGAUUAUGCCCUCCGGCUGGCUGCACAGUCAACUUUGCAUUUUUACUGGCGGAGACAUUUUACAUCACAGGCUUCUGCAGGGGAGGCCGUGCGCUUGGGAUUUCAGCCCUACCUCCCCCAGUGUGAUGGACUGGGGAACUGGGAACCUGUCCAGUGUUAUGAAAGCUCAGGUCACUGCUGGUGUGUGGAUGAGAGAGGACGCUAUAUAGCCGAUUCCCUGGUGACACGCUCAACAAACCGACCCCAAUGCCAAAAACUGUGUCAGCGCUCACAAGCAAACGCAUUGAUUUCUAGCUGGAAACCAAGUGGGCUGAAACAGAGCACUACUUCUGCGGACCUGUUUAUUCCCUCAUGCUUGCAGACUGGGGACUUUGCUGCACUACAGAAAUCAGACACACAGGCCUGGUGCAUGGAUCCUUUCUCAGGAGAAGUCCUCCAGCAGAGUAAUUUAGAUUCAGAUGGCAGAGCUCAGUGCCCUGGUUACUGCACGGUGCUGAAGGCUAAAGUUCUCUUACGGGAAAUCGGGAGAGGUCACGUCCCCCAGUGUGAGAACGACACUGGGAACUUCUCACCUGUGCAGUGCAGCGAGGACCAGGGGAGCUGCUGGUGCGUCUUCGAGGAUGGAGAGGAGGCUCCUGGGACACAGGUCCAUGGGAGGAUGCCCCGCUGCCAACGUCCUCAGUGUCGCUUGCCUUUUGAAACCCCGGAGAUAACCAACGGUGGUGCUUUUUGCGAUGUGUCCCCUGAAACGCCAAAGGUUCAGCAGUGCCGAGUGAUUUGCCGCCCGGGCUUCCAAGAUGUCUCUUCCAGUGGGAAGAUGCUGCUCUGUGAUGUGGAGGCUCGACUCUGGCUGGGGGACACCCCCCAUGCUCACACCUGUCAGAGCCUUCAACCAUUCCAAAGUGUUCAAACUCAAGCGCAGUUUCAGCUCCUUCUUCCUCCUGGGAAGGCCUGCAGUCCAGACUACUCGGGCUUGCUAGAAGCAUUCCAGGUGUUCAUUCUGGAUGAGAUGAAGGCCCGUGGCUUUUGCCAUAUCCAGGUGAAUAACUUUGGACGUCUGGUGUCUGUUCCUCUCUGUGGAGAUUCUGCUAUACUAGUUGAGUGUUUGACUGCAGACCGUUUAGGGGUGAACAUUACAUGGAGAAUGUUGCUUGAAGAUCUUCCAGCAGCUUCACUUCCUGAUUUAAACAACAUCGAAAAAGCAAUGGUGGGGGAAAAUCUCAUUGGCCGCUUCGAGUUGAUGAUCAAGAGUCAUGGCUUUGUCCUGCUCUUGGACAACAAGCAAUUUCCAGCAGAUGCUUCCAUUCGUUUCAUUGGAAAUGGUGACUUCGCUUCAUCUCCCCAAGCUCACCUGGGUUGUAAGAAAGGCUUCCAGAAGGUUUUAAAUGCUGGAGGAGUGGCCCCAAAUUCCCAAGGAUGUGUGGUCUGUCCUCCAGGCACCUCUUUCCAGAACGAGAGCUGCAUUCCAUGCCCUUCUGGAUUCUAUCAAGACCAAGCAGGAAGCCUUCUCUGCAUCCAAUGUCCUCUGGGGAAGUCGACUGUCUCCACAGGAGCUUUCAGAGCUGAACACUGUGUCACGGACUGCCAAAUGCAGAGCCAGGGUGUGCGGUGCGAUGCAAGUGGCCAAUACAGACCUGCCUAUGAAGACCCUGCCACUGAAAAAUCAUUCUGUGUUGAUCGCCUUGGGGAGAUACUGGACUGGACUGAAACGGAGGGCCCACUUACGGAUUCUCAGUGUUCAGUGCUCAGACGCUUUGAAAGAGUCCCUGCUUCAAGGCUCUCCUUCACAGCAGGGGAGGUGGAGACGGUUGGCUCCAAGACCAUCCAAGGAGAAGCCAAGAAUGUCCUCCAGCAGUGUGCUGCAGAGUGUGAGGAGGAUGAAUCGUGUGGGUUUCUCACGUUGUCUGCUGUGGGGACGGGAACACUGUGUGAGCUAUACAGUGCUCGGGAGGCCAACUACAAUUGCUCUGCUUCGGGACGGGUUCGGGGUACUUGGGAUAACGCAGUCACCACAACCAUUGCUCAGCUGAGCUGCCUGAUUAGAGUGAGAAGCCAAGACAAAGAUACAGUGAGCGUGUACCUGAAAAAAGGACAAGAAUUCACCACAGCUGGAGUCAAAACCUUUGAGAUGACUGAUUUCCAGGAUGUUGUUUCUGGCGUGUACAGCAAUUUGGUUUUCUCAGCAGCUGGUACAUCUUUGACUGAUGUUCAUCUCUUCUGCCGCCAGGCCUGCAGCCAAGAUGCUUGCUGUGAUGGCUUUAUCUUGAGCCAGAUCAUACUUGAUGGAGGUAAUAUCUUAUGCGGUCUUAUGAGCUACCCAGAUGCAUUGAUCUGCCACAUUAAAGACUGGGAUGGAAGCUCAACACGGGAAGAGGAUGGCACAUGUCAAAAGAUGAAGUACGAUGAACAGAAGAAGCAGUCUGUCUUCCGUUUGGGAGGCCAAGUGCUCACAGGACCAUCUGAGUUCCCAGGCAAGACUGGAAAUACCUUCACCAGUUUUCAGCGUGUUUAUUUAUGGAGAGAUUCCGAUAUGAUUACCCGGAUAAAAUCUAGUGUGUGUGAUGCUGUUAUUGCUCCAACAGAGAUGAAAACAUUGCUUGCAGCUUCUGCAAUGGAAUUAUUUUCUCUGAUGGAAAGCAGCCAGAUCCAGAUUGACCAAAACCGUUCCCUGCCAUCCCAGGAAUACUGGCUCUUGAAGCCCAGAUACUCAGCCGAGCAGGCCCGUCUCUGGUGUCUUGCACGCUGUGCGGAAGAUGAAUUCUGCCAGCUGGCAGGCGUCCCCAGGGACACGACGACAGUGUUCUUUCCCUGCACCCUCUAUCCAGCGGCCCAAGCCUGCGGCAGCAUCAUUAAGGGCAUCCCUGAGAACUGCAGCGUCGUGUUACCACGGAAGCCAGAAUUCCUGUAUCAGAAGAGAGUCUCGCUAGAGGGGAGCGUCAAGAAUUUCUACACUCGCUUACCAUUCCGUAAAAUGUCAAGCAUCUCUGUGAGAAGCAAGAUGGAUGUGUCUGGGAAAACCGUGUCGAAUGGGUUUUUUGACUGUGAACGUUUCUGCGAUGCUGAUCCAUGUUGCUCGGGCUUCGGACUUCUAAAUGCUUCCCAAGGCGCAGGUGGUAAGGUAUUGUGCCUGAUCCUGGACAGUUUGGGUGUCCAGACCUGCAGCCAGGAGUUAAGGAACAAUGACUGGCAGGUUUCGGAUUGUACAUCUCUGGAAGGAGAAGUCAUGGCCCAUCCAUUUGGCUGGUACCAAAAGGCCGAAGCCACCCCUCCUGUGUGCCGCCCUGUUCUUCAGCUGGGAAGGGAAGAAAACGCAACUCUGGGCAAAUGGCAGCGCAUGGAUAGGACCUCUGUUCUCAUAGAUCCUUCCAUUUCCACGUUUGACGUCAUGCAUGUCAGCAAGGAUGCCUCCAGUGACUUUGCCACCAUCCAAAAUUUUUGCCUCUCAGUGUGUUCAAAGAACAAAUUAUGCAUGGUGACCACUCUUGAAGUACAACCAACUGUGAUACGGUGCAUAUUCUACCCAGAAACACAGAGCUGCCGUCUCGGUCUCCAAAGCCACCUCUGCCGACUUUUGCUCAAGGAGCCGGCUACGUUUAUCUUUCGCAAGAAAGGUAAGUAUUUCUUGCCCAUUGGUGGAACAAAUGACGCUCCCUCUGUCUCCAUUCAAAUGCAACGAACUUUUGGCACUUUGCGAGUCAUCCAAGUGGAUUCCAACUGGAAGGGCAUCAGACAAUUCCUUGGGGUUCCAUAUGCAGCACCUCCAGUGGUAGAGAAACGGUUUCAUCCUCCACAGCCGUUCACUGAGGAGGCAUCCUGGAAUGCCACUGCAGCACGGGCUGGCUGCUGGCAACCUGGGGAUGAGGUCAGUCCUUUCGUCAGUGAAGACUGCUUGUAUUUGAACAUCUUUGUCCCACUUAACUCUGGUGGAAAUCUUCCAGUGCUGGUGUUCUUUCACAAUGGUGUGAAUGACAAGAAUCAGCUGAAGAGGACAGUCCUUGAUGGAUCAUAUUUAGCUGGAGUCGGCAAUAUCAUUGUUCUGACAGCAAAUUACCGGGUUGGCGUUUUUGGCUUUCUGAGCACUGGUUCCAGUACAGCAAGUGGAAACUGGGGGCUUUUGGACCAGGAAGCAGUUCUCCAAUGGGUACAGAAAAACAUUGAGAGCUUUGGAGGAGACCCCAGCCAAAUUUCUAUCGCAGCCGAUCGCAACGGAGCAGACAUUGCCAGCAUUCACCUGUUUUCCCGAGCUCUGGAGUCAGCCCUCUUCAAGAGAGCAUUGCUGAUGGGAGGAUCUGCGUUCUCUCCGGUGUCAGCAAUCAGCCCAGAGAAAGCAAGCGCACAAGCUGCUGUUUUGGCUCAAGAACUUGGCUGCCCUUCGGCCAGCAGUGAAGAAAUUGUAUCCUGCCUCCGCCAGUUGCCUGCCAAAGCUCUCAACGAUGCACAAACCAGGCUUUUAGCUAUAAGUGGCCCAUUUCAGUACUGGAGCCCAGUGGUGGAUGGAUCCUACCUCCAGGAUUCGCUCACAGCAGCUCUGCAACGUCCUCGACCUUUGGAGGUGGACCUGCUCCUUGGAAGUGCCCAACAAGAUGGCCUGAUCAGCCGAGCAAAGGCCAUUAAGCGAUUUGAAGAAAGCCAAGGCCGUGCUAACAGCAAAACAGCCUUUUAUCAGGCUCUGCAAAACUCUUUGGGUGGAGAAGAUGCCAAUCCUGCCAUCCUGGAAGCAGCCACCUGGUUUUAUUCUCUGCAGCAUUCCUCCAGUGAAUAUGCCUCGUUUUCCAAGGCUUUGGAAAAUGCCACUCGCGACCGCUUUAUCAUUUGUCCCACGGUAGACAUGGCCAGGCACUGGGCUGGUAAUGGCAGAGGGAAUGUCUUCAUGUACCAUGUCCCAGACAGCUCUUCACUGAGCAGCCUGGAGCUCUUGCCUGAUGUUCAGUAUGCGUUUGGGUUGCCCUUCUAUCCGCAGUACGAAAACCAAUAUACUCUAGAAGAGAAGGCCCUCUCAUUAGCUGUAAUGCAGUAUCUGGCCAACUUCAUAAAAUCUGGAAACCCAAACAGCCCAUACAGAUUCUCCAGAAAAGUGACUGGAGUCACCGUGCCUUGGCCUCUGUUUCGAGCAGACACCGAUGGAGACAACUAUAAGGAAUUCACUGCUUCCUUGGAGAACCACAAGGGGCUGAAAAAGGCUGAAUGUUUGUUCUGGUCAGAUUAUAUCAAAACACUCCAAGCUUCAACAAACUGCAGAGGAGAGGAGCCCCCCGCACGCAAGCUCAGCGAUGAACUGGCUGCGGCUUCUGUUUCGACAACCACGCAGGUGAAGCCACAAGCAGACAAGGUGGCAUAUGACAAGUAGAAUGUAUGUAGCAUGUUGACCUACUCUGGACUGAUGGGAAGGAAUCGGAAUCUGCCACACCUAAGAGGAGAAAUCAUGUUGUUGUAAAAUAAUGUCAUAUCCAUAAUGUCUUGCUAUGAUGUUGAGUGUGGAAGCAAGAAAAGCAAAUCCAGAAAUGGUGCAGGCAUCAUGCCAUCUAAUUGAUGGCACAGGUUGCAUAUUGCAGCAUCAAACUGUAAACACAGCACUCAAUAAAAAUAUUAAAACUUUGAAA